CGCGCCAUGGCUACCUUUCUCCUUUACGAGUCCGCGUCGGGGUACGCCCUCUUCGAGGGCCUCGACAUGGACGAGAUCGGGCAGACGCAAGAGGCCGUCCAGGAGACCGUCACUGACAUGACGCGCUUCGGGAAGGUGGUGAAACUGAAAGGCUUCAAGCCGUUCACGUCCGCGGCGAACGCGCUGGAGCAGAUCAACUCCGUGGCGGAGUCGACGUGCUCGGACGACCUGAAGAACUUCCUGGAGAUGAACCUCCCGAAGGUGAAGGACGCGAAAAAGGCGAAAUUCCAACUCGGCGUCGCGGACCCCAAGCUCGGGAACUCGAUCGUCGAGCACACGUCCAUCCCGUGCGUGAGCAACGACCACAUCGGCGAGAUGAUCCGCGGCUGCCGCUACCACUUCUCGCGUUUCAUGAAAGGGCUGAAAGACGGCGACUACGAGAGGGCGCAGCUCGGCUUGGCGCACUCGUUUUCGCGCACGCGCGUCAAGUUCAACGUAAACCGAAGCGACAACAUGAUCAUCAACGCCAUCGCGUUGAUCGACAUCCUGGACAAGGACAUCAACACGUUCGUCAUGCGCGUCAGAGAGUGGUACGGCUGGCACUUCCCAGAGCUCGUGAAGGUUAUCCCGGACAACUACCUCUUCUGCCGCGUCGCGCUCGCGGUGAAGGACAAGGCUACGCUGACAAACGACGGCUUGAAGGCGCUGACGGAGAUCACCGGCGACGAGGACAAGGCGAAGGAGGUCAUCGAGGCUGCGAAGGCGUCCAUGGGGCAGGAUAUCUCCCCGGUCGAUCUCGUGAACAUCGAGGCGUUCGCGAAGAGGGUCAUCUCCCUCGCGGAGUACCGCAAGUCCCUGCACGAGUACCUCUCGGCGAAGAUGUCGGCGGUCGCGCCCAACCUCGCCACGCUCAUCGGCGACAUCGUCGGCGCGCGUCUCAUCUCUCACGCCGGCUCGCUCACGAACCUCGCCAAGUACCCGGCGUCAACGGUGCAGAUUCUCGGCGCGGAGAAGGCGCUGUUUCGCGCGCUCAAGACCAAGGGAAACACGCCAAAGUACGGCCUCAUCUUUCACUCGAGCUUCAUCGGGAAGGCGCACGCGAGGAACAAAGGGCGGAUCUCGCGGUAUCUCGCGAACAAGUGCUCGAUCGCGUCGCGGAUAGAUUGCUUCAGCGAUUUUCAAACCACCGCGUUCGGGGAGAAGCUGAAGGAGCAGGUGGAGGAGCGGUUGGAGUUUUACGACAAGGGAACCGCGCCGAAGAAGAACAUCGCGAUGAUGCAGGCGGCUUUGGAGGCGGCGGGGCCGGAGUACCUCGCCGCGAACGGCGGCGGCGGCGGCGGCGGCGGCGGGAAGAAGCGCAAGGCGUCGGACGACGGGGAGAAGAGCGCGAAGAAGGCGAAGAAGGCGAAGGACAAGAAGGAGAAGAAGGACAAGAAGGAGAAGAAGGAGAAGAAGGAGAAGAAGUGACUCUUCCUUCUCCCGCGCGGGGGUCGGGGCUUUGGGUUUUUACCUUGUGAUGUAAAUGUACGAUACGCAC